ACAAAUUCGUAGUCGUACUGUUCAAUGCCUCAUUUUCAAAUAUUCUGUCUAACGUGGUCAACCAAAUUUAAAAUUUUUCGAAAAAUAUUUUUUUUUUAAACGCGUUGCCCAGAAGUAGGACUAACGUAUUAAAACUUUGGCUAUAUAUAAAAGUUUCGGUUAUAUUUUUUCGAUAAUGCCGGCAAAAAGUGUCUCGGCCGUGCAACGGAUAUCACAGACGAUGCGCGCUUAUCAACGGAAUUAUAGUGGAAGGACCCUUCUGGAGAAGAGCUAUGAUGCUUUUGGACUAAGCGUCAAGACCAGCGAUAGGCUCUCGUGGCCCAAGCGAGAAGAGGGCUAUGCGGCUGUCCAACUUCUCCGUCAAAAUCGAAACUGGACCAACUUUAGACAAUUCGGUACCAAUAAUGUAACCCAAAAUCAUUUAAUUAAUCGAAGAGGCUCCACGCCCCGACGCAAUAACAUAUUGGCUGCCAAAAAUGCUUGCAUGAGACGGGGUUCAAUGGAGAAACCAGAAAUGAAUGAAAAACAAGAGCCUAUAGCGGAUGUUAUUGCCGCUGAAUCACACGAAGAGGCUAAUAAUGAAGGUCAACGGGAGCUGCGUACUGUUCGGGAUGCUGUCUUUGGUGCUCAAGAAGUCAACGAGGAUGAUCAAGAAAAACAGCGUGAAGCAGAUGCCGAUCUACUUAGACGAAUGACCAAGCAUCGACCAGUUUAUCCCGAGUCUUCCCUCUCAAAGAAGGUUAUCGCGCCGUACACCACCUAUAGAACCCACCGCAACAGCUGGGCCGAGUUUCGCCAUCGCAUGAUAUAUGGCGAAAGGACGUGAAAAUAUGACAAAGUAUGUCGCUAGUUUCUGAAGAACAAACUCGCGUGUUAAGUAGCACGAAAACGGGGUAAGAGCUCUUCACGAAUAUUAAUAAAGCGGAUGACAAUUGUUGAACUAUGACGAAUUGUGAAUCGGUAAAUCUAGUCGAGAAAAUACAAGUUGUUGGACUUAAUAUGUUUCUAAUGUCAAUUUAUUUAAAUAUGUACUAUGUAUUAAAAGUUCUUUCUAUCAUUGUUAUGCUAAGAAUA